UUCUCCGAAAAGAUACGGCUGCCCUUCUGGUUGGAGCCGUUAUGGAUCACGCUGUUUCGUCGUUCAGCCACUUUCAAGGACCAUGGCUGAUGCUGAGCGCUACUGCGGCUAUUUUGGCGGAAACCUGGCUUCAGUUCACAGCCUCUGGGAAUACAAUUUCCUCAGGCAUCUGAUGUACCAGAGGUUUCACAGAACUGUUCGUUUUUGGAUCGGGCUGUUUGAUGCAAUUCAGGAGAGAAGUUGGAUGUGGACUGAUGGAUCGAGGGUUCGCUUCACGUACUGGAGUAGGGGGGAGCCUAACAACAGAAGGAAUGAAGACUGCACCGAGGGGAACUGGAAAGGACGCUACUGGAAUGAUGUACGUUGUCACUACAGGAGGCCUUAUGUUUGUGCCAGGAGAAUUUGAUGGCUCCUGUUAUCUUCCAUCACAUUAACCAGCACAAUAUGAUGUUUUCACUUUCUCUUUGAUGGCAUGAAAUUCUAAUGAACUUGCUUAUAAUGAUUCACUUCCAAACCAUGAGUAUCAUCAGUAAAUACUGAUAUCACUCUCCUGAUUAUUCAUUCUGAAUAUCAUGUCAUAAUCACUGAAUGAUUGAGAAAUCAAAACAUAAUUAUUUCUUAUGAUUUUUUUUCCAUUAACUGUCAUAUAUUAACACAAUAUGGGUGAGUAGAAAUAAUCGUGAAACAAACUACACUGCAUUAAAAAUAAUCAAAUAGCAUACUGUGUUCCUGGUGUGUAAUCUUUCUCCAUUUUUCUGAGUUUGUGAAAAUAAUCAUA